UGUCAUCAUGCCGCUCCCGAGAAUAGUUGGGUUUUACGCAUCGAACAAACAUGAUCGAGUUUCUGGUAUUGUUCCUCGGCGUUUACGGAGUAACUGGUGGCGUUUAUGGAGUACAGGUGACUCCACAUACGCCUUACAUGAAUGACGAUCUCCGUCUGACGAAUGACGACAAUGAUACAGAGGUGGUCGAAGGACAACUCCCCGGCACGGAGAAUCUCUACGAGAAGGAACUUCCGUUCUCCCGUUUCUUCGCCGUAUUUAAUCUGGCGGAAAGAUCUCAGGUACCUCAUCGGCUUCCGGGAACGGGAAAUCUAUCGGAAAAACGAAUCCCAGAUUUCGUCCUGAAGAAAUUAUCACCGGCUGAUAUUAAAUAAAAAAGAUCGUACUCAAAGAUGUGUAACAUUUUGUUCGAUAACAUUUGAAACAUUUAGUUGUCAUCAACGUUGGCAUCUGAUUAAUUUUUAUAAACUGUAUUUUUUGUUAGAUGUAAUUGAAAAAGAUAAAAAUUCUAAUAUACAGUUUUAUUAUAAAAAGAAAGUAAGAUAAAACUUUCUUUCUGAAAUUUACACAUUUUGAAUCAGAUAAAGUAAUGUCUGUGGUUGUGGGCUGUGUAUAUGGAUAUUAAUAAUGCAUAAUGCAAAAACAUUCUGAAAUUAUAUAAGCAUUAGAAAUCAUUGAAAUCACUAAUUAAUGAUUGAUUCUAUAAAUAUGAUUAAUUUUAGUUAAAUCAAAUCUCUUAUCGCAUUACAUAAGCUGAUCAAUUAUACGUAGAGAUUAAUUAAUGAUUGAAUCUCAUGGCAAAAAGUGUAUUAUAGCAUCUAUAAAUUACUAUAAUUAAUAUAUUUGCAUUACACUUAUUACAGAGUAAAUAACUUUGCAGUAGCAAUUUUGAGCGUAACGAAAUGAUCUACGAGCGGAUAAAUUUGCAGGAGAAAAUAUGCAAUUUAUAUUUUUUCCUUUUUCCUUGUUGUUUUCCUUCGUUAUCAUCCCGCGAAAUUGCUGAUAUUAUGUGCGUUACGAUAGCAAUUUUAUGGACAAAGAUAUAAGAAUGGCGUAUUCUAUAUUUAGUCCAAAAUACAAAAUAAAAAAACAAACUUGAUUGAAAACAUAAUUGCACAAUAUACUGUUUCAUGAUUUGCAUAUGUUUUAUAUUUUGCUAAUAACAAGCUUAUUAGUCAUAUUAUUACAUAAAAUAGAAUUUAUAACAUAUUUCACGAUAUUAACGUCUAAGACAUAACAAUUUUUUUAAUCUGGUAAUCACGAGCAAACAAUUUUAUGUCACUAAUAACGAUAUCCAAUUUUAAUUAAUUUAAUUUUUUAGUUAAUUUUUUACUAUUUUAUGGAUUACUAUGUAAGAAACGCAUCUUGUAUACGUAACGUUCAUCGGUAAAGACGAAAUUUUAACCCCAACUUUGUAUUAUAAUUAAAUUAGAAUUGAAAUUUUUAUACGACAAUCAAUAAUGUGCUUAUUUUUUAUAAUUGCUAUUUAUUUUAUUUAUAUUUUAUAUUCUAAUAUAUUAACAGUAACAAUAACAACAGACAGUAAGAACAUUUUACUGUUCGCUGUGAUUACCGCCGGAAGGGAAGAAACGUUGAUACUGGCUGUAUCGAUUUUAGGUUGCUGCUUCUAUUUUAGUCGAAAGAUAACGCUACAAACAUGAUUUAAUGAAAAAAUUAUACUUCCGCAAGGAUGACUGAAUCGCAAUCAUUUUGGCUUAGCAAGCCCACGGACCUGAGUUUACACACUGCGGUCAUACAUAUACAUAGAGGAAUUUAAAAUUACGAAUAAGAUAGAAAAGAAUUUUACAAGAGAAAAUGUAUUCUCGAUUGACAAAAUAGGCUCGAUUCCGACAUUAUUAUUUUUUUUAUUUAAAAAAAAAUAAAUUAUACAUAGGGAUUAUAUAGAGCAAUUUAAAAUAAGAAGACAAGAAUGAUAAAAACAGUAUUUAUAAAUUUAAACAUUUAAUAAGACAUUCAAUUAAUAUUUACACUUACGUGUUAAUCCCGAUGGACGUCAAGCAAAAUAAAACUAAUAGUUUAUUUUAA